AUGGUGAAGCUGAAGGAUUUUGUGAGGUCUGCGCACUUUCUACAGUAUACCCCAAUCACGUCUGCAUCUCCUAUUAACCAUGGCCUUUUAUUAAUUGACAAUGAUGAUUCUGAGGACUCAAAGAGUAGCUCGCGAGAGCUGACGUGUAAUGAUUACACUGUGGGAUGGAUCUGUGCGUUGCCAAAGGAGCAGACCGCGGCGAUAGCUAUGCUCGACCAUACACACCCCGAACUAAUCAAGCCGCCAUCUGACCCCAAUGCCUACACACUGGGAUGUAUCGGCGAGCACAAGAUUGUCAUAGCCUGUCUCCCGAAAGGGAAGCAACUUCUGCAACGCAGAUGGUGCGGGCUUUUCCGUCUAUCAAGUCCAGUGGGAUAUGGGCAAGGCGGAAGCAAACGGCUACUUCAAGCGGACUGGUGCGCUGAACAAUCCACCAACCGCACUGUUGACGCAUUGACGAAACUUGAGACCAAGCAUGAGAUGCAUGGAACUCAGAUCAAUCAAUACCUUGACGUCUUGGGGAAAAGAUAUCCGAACUUGAUAUCGAAAUAUACCUGGUCCGAUUCCCUCAAGGACCCCAUUUCCAUCACGGGACUUUCUGAUGGUGCUCGGAGCAGAUGGCAAUACAUGUGUGUCACAUUUUGGGAAAUGAUAUUAGCUGUCUUCAUGUGUGUCUCAGGAUUGGCGGUGCUUACAGCCAGUCCUUCGGCAGAGCGAGAAGCUAAAGCAACGAAUAUUGCCGUUGAUCAGCUUCGAAGGAAUCCAAGGGACAUGCGCGUGCAUUAUGGUCUUAUCGCAAGCGGUGAUCAGGUAAUCAAAGACGCCGUGGCUCGAGACAGUCUGAAUAAGAGCCUUGGGGGAAUUUGUGAUUAUGCCGACGCGCAGAAGACCAAGGAUUGGCAGGAAUACGCGGCAGCUGUGGCUGCGGCAUGUGCGAAGGAGCUUCUCGAAUACGUGCAACCAAGUGAUGUUGAAGCAGAACGCCCGAUGAAAGAUAUCCUGGGUGAAAAAUAG